GGCUGUACCCAAAGAAGAGAGCUAAAGACUUAUGCCACUCAGCUCAGGCUUUCUGCUUCUGCUUCUUCUUCUGCCUACCAGUAAAAUCAGACUCCAUUAAUGCUGGAAUGAGCACACUGUACUCAAGAAAGAACACCAUGUGGGAGAACUUAUUGCAUUGAAUUGAGGUUCAUGAAGCAUUUCUAAAUAAAGGGUGUUCUUCAUGGGGUGUUAUAGAUCAUAUCUGCUACUCUUGUUUGCAUUGAGUUCUCUAUUUUUGGGUACUCAGUCUACUCACCAACUACCAUCUUCUCAAACCCAAGUGCUACUUCAGCUAAGGAAGCAUUUAGAGUACCCAAACCAGUUGGAAAUUUGGAAGGAUCAUACAGUAGAUUUCUGCUAUAUAUCUUCAUCUGCACAAGUAAACCUCACAUGCUUGGACAACCUAGUAGUUGAGCUCAGGAUCAAGGGUGAUAUGCCAGCUAAAGUGAGUGGCUUUCAUGGGUAUGCAAUUCCAGGCCAGACUUUAUCAGAGGCCUUUGUAUUGGAUUCUUUUGUUACUACUCUUGCAAGACUAGGCAGCUUGAAAGUUCUCAGUCUUGUCUCUUUGGGAAUCUGGGGUCAACUUCCAGACAAAAUUCACAGGUUGACUUCACUUGAAUAUCUGGAUUUGAGUUCAAACUUUCUCUUUGGUUCAGUCCCACCUCGGAUUUCUGCAAUGGUGAAGCUUCAAACUCUUGUAAUGGAUGACAACUUCUUGAAUGACACUGUUCCCAAUUGGUUUGGUUCACUAUCCAAUCUUUCAACUCUAAGCUUUAAACAUAACCAGUUGAGAGGUCCUUUACUAGAUCUUAGUGGCUUAGGUAGCUUACAAGUUCUUGAUUUGAGCGUGAACAAGUUGAAUGCUGUAUUACCAUCAAUGCCAAAAGGCUUGGUCAUGCUUUCCCUCAGCAACAAUUCCUUCUCUGGAGAGAUUCCUCAGCAGUAUCGAAAAUUAAGCGCACUCCAACACCUUGACAUGUCAUUCAACACACUUACAGGCACACCUCUUGCUGCAUUGAUCUCAUUACCAAACAUCAUCUACUUGAAUUUGGCUUCAAAUGCGUUAAGUGGUUCGUUUCCUGGCCAUUUAAGCUGUGGUAUUAAACUUGAUUACAUUGAUAUAUCAAACAAUAGCUUGACAGGUGACUUGCCUUCUUGUUUGGGAACUGAAUCAGACCAGAGAGUCGUCAAGCUUGGCGGGAAUUGCUUAACUGUAAGUUUGCAAAAUCAGCAUCCACUGUCAUAUUGCAAUGUAGCAUUCAGUCCAAAGGAGAAACAAUAUAGAGGAAAAGAACUAGGAAUCUUGGUGGGUGUGAUUGUUGGAAUAUUAGUUCUUUUGGUGCUGCUGGUUUUGAGCUGUAUUCUUUUGUGUAGAAGACAUCUCCCUCGGGGAGUAUCGGAGCAGCAUUUGCUGCAUAAAUCAGAGGAAACUCACCCAGUUGCAGUAGGGUUCUCCACUGAGAUGCUUACAAACGCAAGGUUUAUUUCACAAGCAGCAAAGGCAGGCAUGCUAGGUCUCCCAGGAUGUCGAACUUUUUCAUUAGAGGAGUUGGUGGAAAUUACCAGAAAUUUUGAAAACUGUGCGUUGUUGGGUGAGGGUUCAUACGGGAAGCUUUACAAAGGUAGACUGGAGAAUGGGAUUCAAGUUGUUGUUAGGUGCCUGCUUGUGUCAAAGAAAUACACAAUUCGAAAUCUGAAACUCCGGUUGGAUUUGCUUGCUAAGCUUCGUCACCCGCAUUUAGUAUGCCUCUUAGGACACUGCCUUGAUGGUGGUGGAGAUGAUUACAGUGUAAACAAAGUGUAUCUUGUAUCUGAGUAUGUGUCAAAUGGAACCUUUAGUGCUAAACUCUCUGGUAGGCCCGAAAAAGUUCUCAACUGGCCACGAAGAUUGUCAGUCCUCAUCGGCGUGGCAAAGGCUGUGCACUUCUUACAUACUGGAAUUAUUCCAGGUUUCUUGAUCAACCGGCUGAAAAUGAACAAUAUCUUGCUCAAUGAGCAUGAUAAUGCAAAAUUAAGUGACUACGGACUGUCUAUUAUCUCAGAAGAAACUGAUAAGUCUAUGGAUAACAAAGGCCACAAGUCAUGGCAGAUGAAGAGUAUAGAAGAUGAUGCUUAUAGCUUCGGAUAUAUAUUGCUCGAGGCUAUCGUUGGAGCUUCCAUCUCUGCUAGAAGAGAGGCAUUUCUGCUAAAUGAUUUGGCAUCUCUAAACAGCCAAGAAGGUCGAAAGCAGCUAGUAGAGCCGAUAGUUCUAGCAACUUGUUCACAACAAUCUUUAUCAAUUGUUAUCUCCAUAACGAGCAAAUGCAUUUCCCCAGAAGCAAGCCGUCCAUCUUUUGAGGACAUUCUAUGGAACUUACAAUAUGCAGUUCAAGUACAGGCAACUGCAGACGGAGACAAUAGGUAUGAAACUGCAGCACAUCGUUGAGUUGAAACAUUUCUGGUUUUAUCUUGUAGUUCUCAAAGUAUAGCAUUUUUUUGUGGCUACAUCACAACAAAACGUGCCUCAGUCAGGAGAAGAUUCAUUAGAUUAUUGAUUGCAACAUAAUUAAAUUUAAUUAAC